GCGCGGCGUGCGUGGAGUAACGUGGUUGCGACCUGGCCUUGGACACGCGGCGGUUCGGGCUUUUCCCGGGAGUUUGUGUCCCGCUGUGGCUUCCACCACUCCAGAGAAAACAACCUAAGUUUGUCUAAUCCCUCAGUAUAGCACCUGCCGUCUGAUCCAGGCAACACCAUGGUCGUCAAGUUUUCAGAUUUGUAUCUUAUCCAUCUUCAGUCCAAACAUGGAAACCCCAGCCAAAGUAGUUCAAAAAGGGGUACGGAAAAUACGACCUCCAAAGGCCAAGGUUUCUUUCAGCAAUCCUUUUGCUUUUGAUUGGAGGCCUUUGAACAAGGGAAGCAGGGAAUUCUUCUUAAAGAAGUUGCAGGAAACCUUUCAACAGAUUAAUCUGUACAAACAGGAAUCAAUUCAGAAGCCUAGGAAACUAAGAGCUACCAAGACAUCAAAAAAUCAAGAAAAUAGAAAUAUGGAAGGGAGUGUUGAAGGAAUCGGAGAAGGCCAGAAGAUUGAAGAUUUGAAAGAAGGUGAUAAAAUGAUUAGGGGCCCAGAGACCAAGCAAGGAUGGACUAAUGUGGAACUUCGGAAACAGCUGGCUAUUGGAAUCAAUGAAGUAACUCGAGGCUUAGAGAAGGACAAAUUAUGUUUGGUUCUGGUGUGCAAGUCAGUAAAACCUCCUAUUAUGACCCAGCAUCUCAUUCAGCUAAGUGUAAGUAGAACAGUCCCUGCCUGUCAAGUUCCCCAACUGAGUGAAACUAUGGCGCCUUUAUUGGGCUUAAAAUCUAUACUUGCUCUGGGUUUUAAAAAGAACUCAGAAACUUUUAUUGAAAUGAUUAAUGCUAUUAGUCCACAGGUUCCACCUUUAAAUAUUUCAUGGAUGCAGGAAAGUCAGCAAGUUGAGAGUGCUGAAGAAAUGGAGACAGAGUUUGAAGGGACCAAUGAAAUGCCAGUGACCAAAGAAUUGGACGUUGCAUUUCCACAAAGUCAGAAGCGUAAAUUCUGUGAAAUUGCAUCAAAAGACAGUCCUGUGGAAUUCUGUAGUGCAACAAAGAAAAAAGCAGGAAUGAUGUUGCUGCCUUUAAAAAUAAAGAAAGUAAUUCCAAAUCCAAAUAAAAUUCGGAAGCCAAAGAAGAAAAAGAAAUAACAAUCAACUGCUGGACUUGAGCUAGAAAAUGUAGGCAAUGGCAGUAUGUCAGUUAUUUGUGAACAGCAGGUAAAGAAAUGCUGGAAAUACUCAGAUCAAACAGGAUCUGUGUAGAGAAAAGUGUUUCAUAACAGUGAUUUUCCUUUCUGUUUACAAACUCAGAUUUCUACCAUCUGUAGCUUGUUGUUUUCAGAUAAAUCAUGGAUUCAUUUAUGUACCCUUUGACAAAAUUGAAUUAAAAUUGUAUUUAUAAAGGAACAGAAGAGGGAAGAGGUUGGUAAAACAUGUAAUUUUCUGAACUAAAUAUUUUGUGCAAUUUCAUUUUAAUCACAUGAAGCUGGUAUUUGUUUCCAUUUCCUAUCUAUAUAGUUGUGAACAAAAAAUGUGGAAUUUUUAAAAACACAAAGAGACCCGGCAGAUGCUGGAAAUCCAGAGCAACCCAAAAAAUGCUGGAGGAACUCAGUGGGUCAUGGAGCCUCUAUGGAAAAAAAUAAAUAACCAGUGAACAUAGCAGGGCCCAGAUCCUCCUCCAGAAUAAAAAGGUGUGGGAGGGGAAGGACAAACUUGGUGAUGAGUGGGUAAGUUAAGGGGCUGGAGAAAAAGGAAUCUGAUAGGAGAGAAGAGUGGCAAUGGGAGAAAGGGGAGGAGGGGCACUAGGGUAAGUGAUAUGCAGGUGAAAAAAGGUAAGAUCCAUGGCAUCAUUCCCUCCAUGAUUCCCAUGUCCAUUUCAGUUCAGAUUCAGUUUAUUGUCAUUUAGAAAUCACAAAUGCAAUGCAGUUAAAAAAUGAGACAACGUUCCUCCAGAAUGAUAUCACAAAAGCACAUGACAAAACAGACUACACCAGAAAAUCCACAUAAUGUUUGGCAAUCCCCAAUCUAGAGUCCGGAGAGGCUGCUGUUUAUUAAUAUCGCGCUACCAUCUUAGCGCGUUCCCCGGAAAGGAGCUCCAAACCCACCAGACAAAACAAGACCAAAAACUAAAGCUACAAGACCUGCACAAAACCACAUAGUUACAACAGUCCAAACAAUAGCAUAAUUGAUUUAAAAAAAACAGACCAUGGGCACAGUAAAAUUAGGCCAAAGAUGUUAAAAGACUAUAAGUUCGAAAGGAACCUCCACAGAGUUUCCACAAGUCCUCAGGGUCCCGAUAGACUCCUCAUCCCACGCAGGCGGCAGAAGGGAAUACCCCUGCUAUGGACUUCCAUGGCACCGUCGGACUCAGCCUCGCAGACCCAGCACACAAUGAAAGCUCUGUCGAACCCAGCCUCACGGAUACAGCAGACAGUGAAAGCACCCCAACCGCAGCGGACUCCGAGUCCGUUGAGCCUCCAACCAUCCCCUCCAGCACAGCUUCUCUGAGCACCAUCCUCUGCCAAGCGUAUUAAGACGCCCCCACCAACGUGACCCUGAGGACUGGGGGCCUGUUCUUCUCAGCAGAGACCCGGACCUCACAGCAGCAGCAGCCAACGAAGAGGGCCUUCCUGGAGAUUUCCAGAUGUUCCUCUGCGCUCCCACUUCUGUUUUUCAUCAGAUUGGUAUUGCGCACGGCACCCCGCUUAACAAAUAGCAGAUAUCAGCUCCGGAGUGACUGCUGCAAGCUGCAUCACGCCGCCAUCUUGGUCAUUUUUAUAUAUAUGUAUUUGUCCCUUCUCACUAUUCUCCCUACUGGCACUUAUCCCUGCAAGUGGCAAAAGUGCUACAUCUGCCCAUUCAUCUCCUCCUUCACCUCCAUUCCGGGCCCCAAACCAUUCUUGCGGUGAGACAACACUUCUGUUGGGGUCAUCUACUGUAUUCAAUGCCAUCUCUUCUACAUUGGUGAGAUCUGACGUGGACAUAAGAUUGAAGGACUACUUUGUUAAGCUCCAUCUGCAGAAAGUGGAAUUUUUCUGUGGCCAACUUCUUCAAUUUCAAUUCCCAUUUCUAUUCUGAAAUGUUGGCACAUGGCCUCCUCUUUUGCUACAAUGCCAAUCUCAGGUUGGAGGAACAACACCUAUUAUUCCAUCUAGGUAGCCUCCAACCUGAUGGCAAAAAAAUGUCAAUCUCCAAAUUCUGCUAAUUUUUUGCCCUUUCCCCUUGCCUCCUCUUCAUUUCCCCACUCUGGCCUCUUAACUCUUAUCCUCACCUGAGUAUCAUCUCCCCCUGGUGCCUCUCCUCCUUCCCUUUAUCCCAUGAUCUACUCUCCUAUCCUCAAAAGAUUCUUUCUUCAACAACCUUUGCCUUUUCAACCUAUCACCUCCCAGCUUCUCACUUAAUGCCUCCUCCUCCACCAACCUAGCUUCACCUAUCGCCACUUACCUUUUCCUGCUUCCCCUCCUCCCACCUUAUUCUGGCAGUUUACCCCUGCCUUUAGUCCUGAUGAAGGGCCUCAGCCCAAAGCAUGAACUCUUUAUAUCUGGAUGCUGCCUGACUCAAGUUACUCCUUUAUGUUGCUGUUUUAACUCUGGUAUUUACUUUCAGAUAUAUUCAGUUAUGUUAACAUCACAGUGAGAUAAAAUUGGAGCCAAAUAUUUUGGAUUUCCAGUAUCUGCAGACUUGCUCGUGCAAAUGAUAAUUUUUCACCAUUUGACUUUUAUUUUUAAAUGAACCCAUUUUGAUUCAGAGUAGCUUUCUCUGCCAGUAAUAACUUUAUAUCACAUUUUAUGACAUUUGGUCAUGUACUAAGUUCAGAAAUUUUAACUUGGUAAAAUUCAUUUUACAGCAAUUGCAUUUCAAGAAGUUUUAAUUUCCUCAACCACCACUUGAGCCGUCACUGUCAUCCCAGUACAGCAUGUGAAUUCAGGAUGAGGCCUCUGCCUUCUCCCUGUAUUUACACUACCCAAUGAUGCCUAACCCACAAUUUGUAGUCUCAUGGACGAGCAUAUUAGUAGCUUCUGAACCACAAAGAUUUUUUUUUAAAGUUGUCAUCCGCACUUUUUUUUGCUUUACCUAAUUUGGGUAAUCUGGGUCCUAUUUUAUGCUCCAAUAUUUCCCCAGAUAAAAAAACCUUGUCUGAUUCCGAUCACAUAACUGCAAAUGCACCCUGGAUAAACUUGCCAACUUUAUGUUAUGCUAUCCUUGCAUUUUAAAAUCUUUCUGGGACAUUUAUCAUAUCCCCUUCAACAUUAAUAUAACUAUAUGAUUUCAUAUCUACCUUGGUGCAGUCUGCUUCAUUGGUAAACUAUUAUUGGCCUGUCCCACUAUACUCUCUCAUUGACAUAAUUUGAAGGUCAGUAUCAAGUUUGGUUCUGCUGAAUACAGCCAGCUCAUUAUUUCUUUUGAUUCCACUGUGCAUCAAAUAUAACCAAUGCCCUGCACUAAAAUUUAGCUCAACUUCAAUGGUUUAGCAUGUAAGAGGAAAAUUCUAAUUCUAAAUGACAUAAACUCACUACCACCAAUCUCAUCUAUUUUCUCUCGAACAUUAUUGGACAAGUUACCCUGUGAUUCUGUAGUGGUUUUGCUCAGCUCCAGAUUUUGU